AUGAAUAGUAAGAUCGCUGAAUUAUGCGCAUAUGCAAGGAGGCAAAGGUUCUUGCAAAACAGCGAUUUUGAGAAGUAUCUUAUGACUACAUUCAACGCGAAAAAGAAGGGAAUGUUUAAAGAUUUGAGGAAAACGGCACUUUAUUUGAUCGAAUUUUGCACUGGUUGGAUAUAUGUAGCCAAACCGUUUGAUUGGAAACAUCUAAGCUUGCAAAUAUCGAAUCUCAAUAAUAGCCUUCAACUCAUCGAGCAGCAAAUUCCUUCAGCAAGGGAUGAUUUCAUCAAGCAGAUGAGUGAACUCGAAGAGGAGACCCAGAACCUCAUUGAAAUUGUUCGAAAGUGUUUACGCCAUCAAUAG